AUGCGCCCAACACGGACAUCAUGUGGCUACCGGAUCAUGUCGAGCUGUAUCCUGGUUUGGGACACAAGACCUACCAAAGGACCACAACAACAACAACAGGGGGCCAAGCCCAAAGACAAGGACGGCACCAAAAACCCCAUAGGCGUCCCUGACACGUUCAAGCACCUGGACCUCACAUGGAAACCCAUGCUGAAGGUCCAUCUCCACAAAUCUGAGCCGGGCGGUGAUCAUGCACCAACAAAGUUCUCAAUAGCAGAGAAGCAAGGGAUAGAGGGGCAUGCGACCGAUGGUGGUGUUCCAGACAAGGAGGCAAGUGUGACUGGCGGAUAUUUCCAGUCCAGGAAACCCGGGUCCGGCCGUAAGAAGAGGACCCUACAAACUGUCAAGACACAUUUCUUUGUUGGCACCGAGGACGGGGAGGUGGUCUAUGUUGACUGGAUGCCACAGAAGGAUCAGGACACAGGCAAGAUCCAAACGCCAAAACCAGAUUUCUAUCACACCAUGCAUGACGGACCCAUCAUGACGGUCCAGCGAUCCCCAUUUUUCAUGGAUAUCCUCCUUGUGGUUGGCGGUUGGAACUUCACAAUCUGGAAAGAGGCUGUUGUUUCAGGACCAAUCCUCCAGUCCGCCCCAAACCCAAUCCGUAUGACGUCCGGGUUUUGGUCCCCCUCCCGUCCGGGAGUGUUCUACAUCUCUAAGGUGGAUGGCAGCGUCGACGUCUGGGACUUACUGGACAAGACCCAUGAACCCUCCAUCACCCAGAGCGUUUCCCCAUCAGCAAUCACAAAGAUUUACCCGCAUGCAGUGUCUCACAAGCAGCACCUGUUGACUGUGGGUGACAGUUCUGGUACCCUGCAUAUCCUGGAGAUACCCUGGAGCCUGCGCCUGCCUGCACCCAAUAAGGUGACUGGGGAAGCCAACUACUUUGAGCGGGAAGUAAAGAGGCGAGGCUUCGUGGUGCAGAGGUGGGACUUCCGAGAGCAUGAGAAGCGAGAACUUGAGGCUGAGGCCAAAAAGAAGGCUGGGGAUGUAAGACAGGUUAGACCAACUUUGAUUGCGCCGAAUGUGCUGCUGACAGACGAGGAGAUUGAGUACCGCUUGAAGCUGGAGUACCAGACCUAUAUGGAGGCGGAGGGGAAUUUCUUGCGAGAGCUUGGGAUCACCAAGGAGGAGGAACCUCUGCCCCAGACGUAGACCGGGUGUGUUUUAUAAGUGGUGAAAUUUGAAAGCGAUGAAUGGAGGGCGACGGGGGUUAUUAUGCAUUUUUUUUAUUUUGUUUACUAAUGGCUAAAGUUAUUUCACACAAAUGGACAAGAAUAUGUUUCAGAAUUUUUAGUUCAGUACUUGCUCUGGCAUGGAAAACCUGGAAUUCAUUCUGACGUUUAUCUUCAAGUAUGGUAAAAAUGUAUGUAUUUGAGCUGCACUCUGUGAUAACCAGCCUUACUGCACGUGAGUUAAAGUGUCUUAACUCUCUGCUUUUAUGGAUUUUCCGUUUACAGGAAUAUGCUUCUUAAUGCAAAUCCAGUGUAGGCUGCGAGUGAUGUCCCUGAUUAGUCUGUGCCCACUGCACAGAUUUAUAUGGAUAGACUCUUUACCCACUUGCAUUGAGGCUGUAUUUUUCCAUAGAGCAGCUCACAUACAAUACAUUCAUUCUAUGUCAGAUACUAUAUUAUAAUGAGUAACUCCAGAUAAGUAGCCCUGUCAAUCAUAACCAACAUGUUAUUGUUCCGACAAAUAAACAAAAUAGUUUGACAUUUGCUUCUCAAAAUCAACACUUUCUAUUGUGUGUUAUACAACUUGUGUUGAGUGUAUAAUUUAGAUACAUUUGAACUAUCUCAGAAUUUUGUGAAAGCACCAACUGCCAUGGUUUAUAACUAGUUAGACUUGUAACGCAAAUUGUUUAACUUGUAUUCACCAUUUUGGUAUACAUAUGUGAUUCAACAUUGUCACAUA